GCUAAUCAAUAAGCAUACGCCUGCAGGGCUGGGGAAUCAUUUCCUCUCUUUCUCUGAGAACCCUCCUCCGCCUCCGAUCGCUUCCACUUCCCUCCACCCCGAAACCCUAACCCUAACUAGCUUUCUCUUAAGAGAGAAGGGAGAGCCGAACCAACGGAAAAAAAAUAAUAGAAAAAUCAUAAAUCAUGGCUUAUCAACCUCGAGCUCCAAAUUUCGACGACGACGACCAAAACAACACCGCCCCCUCCGACGGGGCAAGACUUUACAACCCAUAUCAAGAUUUAAAGGUCCCCAUCCAAACCCUUUACCGCCUCCCUACUUCCCCGGAAUUCCUCUUCCAAGAAGAGGCCAUCGCGCAGCGCCGUUCUUGGGGAGAGAAUAUGACCUAUUAUACCGGGAUUGGCUACCUUAGCGGUGCCACCGCCGGAGCGGCUAAGGGCCUGGUGGAAGGAGUCAAGGCGGCUGAGCCGGGUGAUACUCUUAAGCUGAAAAUUAAUCGGAUCCUCAAUGCGUCGGGUCAGUCGGGCAGGAAGAUCGGAAACAGGGUUGGGAUUCUCGCGUUGAUGUAUGCUGGGAUGGAGAGCGCCAUGGUCGCUGCGAGGGAUACUGAUGACGUUAUCAACUGCGUGGUGGCUGGAUUGGGGACUGGCGCUCUUUACAAGGCGGCGUCUGGGCCGAGGUCGGCUGCUGUUGCCGGAGCUAUUGGAGGGGUGCUAGUUGGGUUAGCCGUCACCGGAAAACAGGCUUUGAAGCGAUACGUGCCGAUUUAAUUUCUUUUUGAUAAUGUCCUUCUGGGGUAGUUUGUAACUUCUGUGGGCUUAACUGAGUUUAGUCUUUUUACUUCGUUGUUACAAGUCUACAAUUUUGAUGAUAUAUUGGGAAUACAUUCUCAUAUACACUAUAUCUGUGGUAAUAUGAUGUUAUAAGUAGGAAAGGCCCAUGCUUUGUUAGCAAAAUUUGCAAACUUGUUCUCGAAAUGGUUUUUGAUUAUGAUGUAUUUUUUCGGUGAAUGCGACCCAUGAAUAAACACAUUCCUUCCUAGAGACCUUUA